AACGCGUUCCGGAGUUGUGAAUUUGUGAUGCUGUUUGUUUACUACAAAUAAGCCUUUCUUUCUAACUGUGUAGUUAUAGAUUAACUAGUUCAAUUGUAUUAUUUAUUAUUCUCUAAGUAAAAUAAUCCGUCAUCAUUAUGGGAGAUGAGGACGUUAUUCGCAGAAGACUGCUUAUAGAUGGAGACGGUACUGGAGACGACAGGAGAUUAAAUGUGCUUCUGAAAACAUUGAUAAAGUGGUGUAAUAGUAAUAGCACUGACGAGAAACCCGAAGAGAGCAAGGCAACCCACGAUCGAAUGCUAGCUCAACUAGCGCAAUGUGAAUUUGCAGUUACCAAAUCGCAACUAGGCUCGGAAAUGAUGGCGGCAGAAUUAAAAAGUUACGAAGCCAUGUCUAAAGUGCUUGAAAAGUCUAUAGAAGUAGCCAAAAGCAACAUAGAAAAGAGCAAGGCAGACUUGGCUCAAGCAAAGACAGUACGCAAAAAUCGCAUAGAGUAUGAUGUGUUGGCAAAGGUAAUUAGUGAACAGCCAGAUAGAAAGGAGACUUUAGAACGUCUGGGCACUUUGAAAACAGAACUGGCCAGUUUGGAAUCUACUAAGCAGCAGUUGGAAAGCCGUUUAGCUUUAAGAAAGAAGCAGUUCCAUGUUUUGGUUACAUCAAUACACCAGUUGCAAGCAUUGUUGGAUGAACCAGAUGACACUGAGUCAGUUUCUGAUGAUGUAGAUAUGAAGGAUAUUCUGAAUGAACCUUAGAUUUUAAUUUUAAUAUAGAGUAGGGCUAUUCUUGUUAAGGAACAGUAAUUUUCCUCUAAAUGAAAGAAGUGUAUAUUAACCCCUUGAAUGCCGGUGCGCAGAUAUACGCAAGACACAAUUAAUUUUCUAUUGUUCUCUAAUUAGCGGCAUACAAGACAAGAACAGCUGUCAAUUUUUUAUCUGGGAGGAUAUGAUUUUAUUUUUGUAAUGAGAGUAGAUACUGCAACUGAUAAGUAAUAUUUUGUAUCAUGACUUCAUCAAUAUAAUGAACCAUUAUUUCUGAGAGUGUA